AUGCCACGUCAGCGUCGUGGCUGCGUCAAAGACAAGGAGACCUCAGAUGACAGAGCCCUGCCUCCGAAGAGUCCGAGUCCUACCCCAACCAAGCUUUCCAAAAGGAAGGGAAGACUGCUGGCCACAUCUCUACCAGCCUGGAGCAAGGAACCAGUGGUCUUCAAGGAUAUAGCCCUGUACUUCACCCAGAGUGAGUGGAAGCUGCUGCAGCCUGCGCAGAAGGCCCUGUACAAGGAUGUGAUGCUGGAGAACUACAGCAAUUUGGCCUCCCUGGUGGGGUGUCAUUUCUUCAAGCCGACAUUGAUCACCAGGCUGGAGCAGGGCAUCGAUCCGUCCCUGGAGGACAGACCGGCCCCCGGAGGCCCCCCGCGAGAGGAGGACGAGGGAGGCGCUGCCAGCGCGGCCUCGGCAGCACCAGAGAGCGUCUCCGCUGCUGAGAAAGAGCAUGAGCCCGUGGCCCCAAAGGAACCUUCAAAUCAAAACCCAUCAACCACGGCACCAGAGAAUGUGUCCCUUGCUGAGAAACAGCAUGAACCCGGGGCCCCGAAGGAACCUUCCAGUCAAAAACCAGUAACCUCAGCACCAAAGAAAACCCGUCAAGGAAAGAAGACCCCGGAAAAAGGCACUGGUAAGAAAACACAGAGUGCCACGGGCUCCAAGAAAAAGCCUCAGAGCCCCCGAAAGGGUAAGAAUCACUUUAAAUGUAAGGAAUGUGGAAAAACCUUCAACCAGACCCUCCACCUGGUGGAGCAUGAGCGAAUCCACACGGGAGAGAAACCACAUAAGUGUGACGUGUGUGGGAAGUCCUUCAGACACAGCUGGUACUUUUUCACCCACCGCCGCAUCCACACGGGGGAGAGGCCCUACAAGUGUAAGGAGUGCGGCAAGGCCUUCAACAGCAGCUCCACCCUCAGCAGCCACUUCAGGAUCCACACCGGGGAGACGCCCUUCAAGUGCAAUGAGUGUGGGAAGACCUUCAAGCAGAGCACGAAGCUCACUCGCCACCGCAGGAUCCACACCGGGGAGAAGCCCUACAAGUGCGAGGAGUGUAAGAAGUGCUUUGGCCGCAGCUCGUCCCUGACCGAGCACAAGAGGAUCCACACGGGAGAGAAGCCCUACUGCUGCCGCGAGUGUGGGAAGACCUUCAGGGUCAACUCACACCUCGUGGAGCACCGCCGGCUCCACCAAGCGGAGAAGCCGCACAAGUGUGAAGAGUGUGGAAAGCACUUCCGGAACCGUGCUCACCUGACAGAGCACAAGCAGAUCCACGUGCCGGGAGCCCGCGAGGACUGUCCCGAGUGUGGGAAAGCCUUCCCCAGCAAGGCAGCCCUCCUCAAGCACCAGAAAAGCCACGGGGAGGACUCCUUGCACCGGUGCCAGGGCUGUGGAAAGGCCUUCCGGUGUAAGUCGAGCAUCAUACGGCACCAGCGGCUGCACGCGGGGCAGAAGCCGUUCGUGUGCACCGAGUGUGGGAAAGGCUUCACUGAUAGGACCACCCUGAAUAACCACCGCAGAAUCCACGCCGCAGACAGGCCGGACCCCUGCGCACAGUGUGGGAGGUCCUUCAGGCACCUGGCCACCUUGACGCUCCACCUGAAAAUGCAUGCUAGGAAGGGAAAGUAA